CAAGAAUGGAUGGGUUAAAUGGAUCUUUAAUGGGGAAUGGAGAGGUUGAAUCCAUACAAUGAUGGGCUUUUUGGCAAUCAAAGUUGUUGGACCAAUUUUGGGAACAAAGACUUCUAUUGGGGCUUCAAAUUGUUGGAUUGGUGUGGCCCACACAAACAUCAACUGCAAGCUUAUUCUCUCCUCUGCGAAUCCUCACUUCGUCUCUUGCUCUCUAUCGGAUCCGCGAAUCCUCACAGCCCAUCGCUGCGACCUGUGUUCCAACUACGGGUCCUCGAUCGUUGCUCGUCGAAGAAGAAAAAUAUCAGUAAACGGUGCCAUUGCCAUGAACCCAAGCCAGCCUCCAAAUUCCCAACAUCCACCAAAUCAUCAACAAAUGAUUCAAGGUGACAAUUCUGCUUUUUGGAAUUCCUUUGUCCAAAUGGUGCAAUCUGGAUUUGACCCAUCAACACUCCAGCACUUUGUAUAUAUCAAACAACCAAAGUUAUCCAAAUAUGACCCACCAUCCAAUUGUUAAUGCACCCAAUGUGAACCAAAGCCAGUAGGUAUUUGAUCAAACUAUGCCAGCUUUGGGUCCUACUGUAUUGCCAAACGAGACUGGAGGGUCAAGACGCAGGAGGAAGUCACGCCUUCCUCUUGAGGAGCGCACCCCAAGACCACCAAACUGGUCACUAGAGGAGGACGUCGAUUUGUGUAAAUCGUGGGUCACCAUUGGAACAGAUCCGAUCACUGGAAUUAAUCAGGAUAAGCAAUCCUUCUGGACACGUGUCAGGUCAGACUUUAUUGAACGAAGAGGACCGGCAGCUGGAUGCAGGAAUGAGCAGGCUUGCGAAAGUCGAUGGGGGCUUAUUCAUCCAUGGGUCACUAAAUGGACUGCAAUAUGGAAGCAAAGCAUGGAAUUAAUCCCUAGUGGCUACACCAUACAUGAUCAGGAACGAGCUGCAAGAUCACUAUUCCACAAGACAUACAAUCAUCAAUUCAAGUACGAGCAUUGUUGGUUGGUGCUGAGGAGCUGCUCCAAAUGGCAACAAUAUAGUGCUGAGAGCAAAGCUGGUAUUGAAGUUGGUCUUGACAAGCGAGGACCGUUUGUUGACACAAUGUCAGAUCGGAAUGUUGGUGGGUCACAUGGGGAUGAUAUGGAAAGGGAAGUGACUGAGACAGGGCUGCCCGAUCAUAACUUUCAGCCAACAUUCCCCGAGACACCUAUCACGGAUGAAUCACCAUUUCAAGCAUCGAAUGGUAAUGGUAACGAGAGAAACGAUGAGGAUCAAAGACCAAUUGGUACUAAGGCUGCCAAAGAAGCGAAACAACGUAAGAAGUCUAGGAAAGGAGAGGCCUCAAGUCAAGUUAGCGAGAGUAUAAACGCUGGAUUCCACGAGAUGAUUGAAACAAGCCGUUCAAAUUGGGAGUUAUUGGUGAAGAACCGCGAAGAUACACGAAGGGAAAAAAUAGAAUUUGACCGGCAGCGCCAUGAGGAUGAUAAAAAGGCGUAUGAAGAGGAGAGACAACUUACCAUGAAGGCCAAAAAAUCAAAGAUCAUGAGGAACAUGGCCGGGAUCACAAAGGAUUUGAUAUCCGCAAGAAGGGAACUUAGGCAUGUACAAUCAGAGACUGAGUAUAGGCAGCUAAAUGCUUUGGUUGCUGCCCUAGAGGUCGAGCUAGAAGCGGAGAUGGAAGAUAUGAAAAAGGAUAAGAACGUGGAAGUAGUACGUCCUCCAAUUCACACCGUUGAACACGGAACGCAACCCUUAAACUUAGAUUGGCGUCAAUGUUGGUAAUUUUAAUCAUUGACA